ACGUCAACAACACGUCAUUUCGCAUGUUCCGCCUGUCAGUUGCUUGCUGUUUUUAUCAAAACUUCAACAAUUUAAACAGAAUUUAUCCAGUUUGAGUGUAUAAAACGGAAUAUUUACGGCAAGAUCAUGGUGCACACAACUAUGGAAGGAUCACUUUUCGAGCCCACCCUGUACAUCGUGAAGGGUCUCUGCAUCCUGGACAAUGAUGGGAACCGAAUCCUCGCCAAGUAUUAUGACAAGAAUGUGCUGCCGACCACUAAGGAACAGAAAGCUUUUGAGAAGAACCUGUUUAACAAGACACACAGAGCGAAUGCCGAGAUCAUAAUGCUGGAGGGUCUCACCUGUGUCUACAAGAGCAAUGUAGACCUCUUCUUCUAUGUUAUGGGCAGUUCACACGAGAAUGAGCUGAUCCUCAUGUCAGUGCUCAACGCCCUCUACGAGUCAGUCAGCAUCUUACUGCGGCGCAACGUGGAGAAGCGGGUGCUGCUGGACAACCUGGACUCCGUCAUGCUGGCCGUGGACGAGAUCUGCGACCGCGGCGUUAUCCUAGACGCGGAGGCUACAUCGAUCGUGGGGCGCGCCGCCCUUCGCGGUGACGACGUGCCUCUCGGCGAACAGACCGUCGCUCAGGUCUUGCAAUCUGCGAAGGAGCAACUAAAAUGGUCUCUAUUGAAAUGAGAUAAGGUUUAAUAUUGUAUAAAACGUAAUAAUAUAUUAUAUAUUUGAAUAUCUCAUUAAAAUUAUAUUUAUUAAUGUUAGUAAGCUAUUACGAA